AAGCUUAUAAAGUUGAUCUCACCAACGAGAAAGUUUUCCUGUUACUGACACGAGAGGAAAGAGAAAAAGCAGAGAAAAAGCGGUAGUUGGCCCUAACUGUCACUGAAGUGGGGGUGGGGUGCAAUAAAAGGUAAUUAUUUCCUUUUGUCAUAUGACUUUUAGGUGAUCCUGUGGCCGGAGCUGACCUGAGCGCACAGUCACAUCUGGGAAGACUUAAGUUGGUUUGUCUUUUGCAGUUGUUUUCCAGUACAGUCGAAUGGAAAGUCAGCCAAUUAUGAGCCAUAACAGGACUUACGGAGUGGCCAAUCCAGGUUAUGUACCAGAGGCGGUGGCAGGGGCUCCUGCAAUGUUCGCCCCACCCGCUGCUGGUUCCUUCGGCCCCAGCGCUCCUCCGGCCAACAUGUUUGAUACAGUGCCUGGUUAUGAAGGAACAAUGGCCGGAGAAGGAGGUGGAUUUCUUCCCCCUCCUAUGCCUCUUAACCCAGUCCCGCAGCCCCAGCCUGGACCAGAACAACCACAAUGGAAUAUUCCCUCCAUCACUGAGGACACGGCCAAGGAAGCCUUUGCGCUAUUUGCCUCUAGCAAGUGUUGCUACAGUUCAGCGCCUGCAAAGGAAGGUGGGAUCACCAAUAUGGAGGCCUUCAAUACGUACAGAUACCGCCUGGAAACCUUUACUGAAUCAAGAUCCACACAGUGGGCUCAAGAGCCAUACCAUGGCCAGCCAGUGGAUGCCUACUCCUCGCCUCCUCCAGGGCCAUGGGAUAUUCCUGCUAAAGUCCCCAGCUUUUUUCAAGAUUCCAAACAAAUUAUAAAAGUUCCUUACACUUCAUCAAUGAAAACUUGCCAUGUUUGUUUGGGAAUGGGACGGAAACCUUGCAGAGACUGUGCUGGUGCUGGAAAUAAAGCUUGUUGGGUGUGCAACGGAAGUGGCUACCGACAUGGAGAUGAUCGAUGCCACCACUGCAAUGGCAGAGGGAGGGAAAACUGCAGCCACUGUCAUGGGCAAGGAUCAAAGCAGUGUCCCACAUGUCAUGGGAAACAACAGCUUCUGGUUUACAUCAACCUCACUGUGAAAUGGACCAACAACUCUGAUAACUAUGUUGUGGAACAGUCAAGUGGACUCCAAGUGGAAAACCUGAGCAAAGUGUCUGGCCAAGAGCUUUUUAGAGACUCCCAGUACCUGGUAUACCCACUGAUGAGUUUCCCAGACAUGGCAGUGGUGAAUGCUUCACAGCGCUUUGUCAGUGAACACCAGGGCAAGUUCUCCCAGACAUCAAGAAUUCUGCAGCAGCGUCAAACUAUAGAGCUGAUCCCUGUCACCAGGGUGACCUACUCUUGGAAAGGGAAAUCACACAUCUACUUCGUUUAUGGGAAUGAGUUUAAAGUUAGUACAGAUGACUAUCCUGCUACCUGUUGUUGUACUGUGAUGUAAUUGCAAUUGUACUCAUCCAAAUCAUUAAAUAUAAGACACAACUUCACUAACAAAUUAUCAAUGAGCAGUUUACUGACAUGUGCAGCUAUAACCUUACUAAUAUAUGAUGUCAAGUGGCAGUUAUCUGGUGUAUUCAGCACGUCUGAAUAUGUCAUCUGAUAAAGGCUGUUGAAUAAGUCACUGAUGGGGAAAUUCUUGUUGUAAUAAAUGCCAUUCAUAAAUACAUGCAUGCAACUGAUUUUUUACUGAUAGUAAAAAAAUGUACUUUUUAAGUGUUAUAUUAUACCGUUUGAUAUUUUUAUGUUAUGUCUUUGUGACAGGAAUUUGCUGCAAUAGUGCCUCUUUGUAUUAUAUGAGGACAUAAACCUAAAUGCCGUUAAAAGAUAAUCGUGUAAAAAAAUGUAUUGCUUGAUUUAUAAAAAUGCCAUGAUUUUAAUAAAAAGUCUUUCGCAA